AUGGCCCAAGCCUCAACCAAGGGCGCCAAUGGCGUAAAGGGCCAGCUGUCCGCCAACGAUAACAUCCAGCGGUUCGCGGCCCCGAGCCGACCGCUGAGCCCGCUCCCCGCCCACGCUCUCUUCAACGACAAGACUCGCUGCCUCGUCUAUGGCCUGCAGCCCCGUGCCGUCCAGGGCAUGCUGGACUUUGACUUCAUCUGCAAGCGCAAGACACCGUCCGUCGCCGGUAUCAUCUAUACCUUUGGUGGCCAGUUCGUCAGCAAGAUGUACUGGGGCACCAGCGAAACCCUCCUGCCCGUCUACCAGGAGGUCAGCAAGGCCGUCAGCAAGCACCCCGAGGUCGAUGUCGUCGUCAACUUUGCCUCGUCCCGCAGUGUCUACAGCUCCACCAUGGAGCUGAUGGAGUAUCCCCAAAUCAAGACCAUUGCCAUCAUCGCCGAGGGUGUUCCGGAGCGACGAGCUCGUGAGAUUGCCCACGUCGCCAAGAAGAAGGGCGUCACCAUCAUUGGCCCCGCCACUGUCGGUGGCAUCAAGCCCGGCAGCUUCAAGAUUGGCAACACGGGCGGCAUGAUGGACAACAUAGUGGCCUCCAAGCUCUACCGAAAGGGAUCCGUUGGCUACGUGUCCAAGUCGGGCGGCAUGUCCAACGAGCUCAACAACAUCAUCUCCCACAAUACCGACGGCGUCUACGAGGGCAUUGCCAUCGGCGGUGACCGGUACCCCGGCACCACCUUCAUCGACCACAUGCUCCGAUAUCAGGCCGAUCCCGAAUGCAAGAUACUGGUUUUGCUCGGCGAGGUCGGCGGCGUCGAAGAGUACAAGGUCAUCGACGCCGUCAAGCAGGGCAUCAUCACCAAGCCCAUUGUGGCGUGGGCCAUUGGCACUUGCGCCAGCAUGUUCAAAACCGAGGUCCAGUUCGGCCACGCCGGCUCCUUUGCGAACUCGCAGCUCGAGACCGCCGCCAUGAAGAACAAGACGAUGCGCGACGCCGGUUUCCACGUACCAGACACCUUUGAGGACAUGCCUGCCAUCCUCAAGGAGGUCUACGACAAGCUGGUCAAGCAGGGUACCAUUGUGCCCCAGGCCGAGCCCGUCGUCCCCAAGAUCCCCAUUGACUACUCCUGGGCCCAGGAGCUCGGCCUGAUCCGGAAGCCUGCCGCCUUCAUCUCCACCAUCUCUGACGAUCGUGGCCAGGAGCUGCUCUACGCCGGCAUGCCCAUCUCGGACGUCUUCAGGGAGGACAUUGGCAUCGGCGGUGUCAUGUCCCUCCUGUGGUUCCGUCGCCGACUGCCCGACUACGCCUCCAAGUUCCUCGAGAUGGUGCUCAUGCUCACGGCCGACCACGGCCCGGCUGUGUCCGGCGCCAUGAACACCAUCAUCACCACGCGAGCUGGCAAGGAUCUCAUCAGCGCCCUUGUUUCCGGCCUGCUAACCAUUGGCUCCCGCUUCGGUGGUGCCUUGGACGGAGCUGCCGAUGAGUUCACCAGGGCAUUCGACAAGAACCUCAGCCCCCGAGAGUUCGUCGACAGCAUGCGCAAGGCCAACAAGCUCAUUCCGGGCAUUGGCCAUCGCGUCAAGUCGCGCAACAACCCGGAUCUCCGAGUCGAGCUUGUCAAGGAGUACGUCCUGGCCAAGUUCCCCAACCAUAAACUCCUCGAUUACGCCCUGGCCGUCGAGACGGUGACCACCUCGAAGAAGGACAACCUGAUCCUCAACGUGGACGGCUGCAUCGCCGUCUGCUUUGUCGACUUGCUCCGCAACUGCGGUGCCUUUUCUGCUGAGGAAGCUGAGGACUACUUGCAGAUGGGUGUCCUGAACGGUCUGUUCGUUCUGGGCCGAAGCAUUGGUCUGAUUGCCCACUACCUCGACCAGAAGAGACUGCGCACCGGCCUGUAUCGUCACCCGUGGGAUGACAUCACCUACCUGCUCCCCAACCUUCGCGAAGGCCGGCCUGGCGCCGAAGGCAGAGUGGAGGUUCAGAUGUAG